GCCAGCAGCUGGCCAACAGCAGCAUCCAGUCAAAACUUUGGAAUCGUAGCGAUUCUACAAAUAAUUCUGCUUUAGUUUUAUAUAAUUUAAUUCGAAUUCAAAUUUUGUCUGUAUUAUUUUGCAUUUGGGUUUUGAAGUGGUCUAGUGCAAGUGCUGUGAAUUGUCAUCGUAGCUGUGCUUUGGCGGUAUUUUGUGAUUAAUUUUGCUGUUGACUGAGAAGGAACGCUCAAGAUGAAAUUAUUUAUCUGUUUCGCCGCUCUGCUGGUGGCCACCGCCUAUGCUGGCGACACCACUGCCAAGAAGGCCACCGUUGAGGCCGCAGCUAGCUCGGUUUCGGGCAAGAAAGUGCCACUCGAGAAGAAGCUCGACAAGCGCGGUCUGCUUGAGCUUGGCUACGGCUAUGGCCACUCCGGACUCGAUCUCGGCUAUAUCGGCCAUGGUAGCGUCGAUUACGGACAUGGUUAUGGCAUUGCGACUGGUCACUCUGCUCCCGCCGUCUCUUAUGGACACACCGGUUAUGCGUCGGCUGGUGUUGCUCACCAUCCAUUCCUCAUUAGCAAAACCGCCGAUGUACACAAGACCAUCACCGUCACCAAGGGCAUUCCGGUGCCAGUGACCGUCGACCGUCCUUAUCCAGUUGUGCAUGAGAAACAUGUGCCCGUUGAGGUGAAAGUACCUGUGCCACAGCCCUACGAAGUGAUACGCAAAGUACCGGUUUCAGUCAAGGAGUACGUCAAGGUGCCCAUCCAUGUGCCACAACCCUACACCGUCGAGAAGCGUGUCGAAGUUAAAGUACCUGUGCCAGUAGAUCGCCCCUACCCAGUCAAGGUGCCCGUGCCACAACCCUACGAAGUGAUCAAGCAUGUGCAAGUGCCCGUCAAAGUACCUGUACCACAACCCUACGAAGUGAUCAAGCAUGUCCAAGUGCCCGUUAAGGUUCAAGUGCCAGUGCCACAGCCCUACGAAGUCAUCAAACACGUUCAAGUACCCGUACAUGUGCCAGUCGAUCGUCCAGUACCAGUUGCAGUACCCCGACCAUACCCAGUGCCCGUCGAGAAACCCUACCCAGUUGUAGUGGAGAAACAAGUCAAGGUUGAGGUGCCAGUGCGCGUCGACAGACCCUACCCCGUGCCUGUAGAUCGUCCCUACACCGUCAAAGUACCUGUCGACGUACCACAACCCUACACCGUCGAAAAGCAUGUACCCUACACUGUUGACCGUCCAGUGCCAGUGCCCGUCAAGGUGGCCAUCGACCGUCCCUACCCAGUGCACGUGACACGCCCAGUGCCAGUGCAUGUUCAGAAACCCGUUGCCGUACCCGUACCCGUGCCAGUCGUUGCCGGACACACGGUGGUCGAACAUGGACCCGCCAUUGCUAUCAGCGGCGGCAGUGGUUAUGGUGGAUAUGAUGGCGGCUAUGGUGGACACGGCUUCUCAUCCAGCGGCGGCUACGGCUACUCGUCCAUUAGCCACGGUCAUGGUUACGCACAUAAAAAGAAGUAAGCGAUCCUGCGGAGCUUCAGCGAGCGGCUACUUCUACGAUUACUGUGUAUAUGAUUUCAGCAUUGAAGGCGGAAUUAAUUGAAUGAAUUUUAGUUAUAAUUAUGAAAUUAUGUGGAGAAGGAAGUCGCUAGCAAUACGACUUCGGAAAAUUUAGUAAGAAAGCAGAAGAACAUUACGAACAAAACGAGUAGUAAAACGAAAAGCAAGCAAUCAACUGCCACGAAUAAUUCACUGGAUUUCAAGUAACUGUAAUGAUGAACAACAACUACAAGCAUAAAUACACAAACGCGAAGACAUUCACGAUGUGGCCGAGAGAAAUACCGAAACGAAGGAUUCGAGUUGACAUUAACUUAACUAGCGCAAUAUGAAUAGAACACACACGGUCACUCAAAAUAAAAAUACUCAUCCUCCCCCACAAGAGCACUUCACCUCGGCCACUGAAAAUCUCGCAUUGCUAACAAUGUAUAUGUAAACCCUUAGCCACUUAGUUUUAAGUAUUUACAACUUUUGUAAAUUAUUUAAAAAAGCAAAGAGAACUGCUUGUCUAGGACAACACAUAACUGGCUGCUUAUAUUGACAGAAACCGAUUUGAAAUGAUAUAAACGGUACAGUUGUGUCGACGGUUGUCAGUAGACACAUCCAAAAUUGAAACCCACUUGAAAAAGAAUGCGUUCAUUGCAGCGCCUACAACGAGGCACUGCACUCAACAGCAUUUUGUUCAAAAUUUGCCAAUUAGCCUUUAGCGCUAUCAUUAU